CUCCUCUCUACCCGCCGCCUUGGGCUCCAGUCUUCUCCCCUCUCGUCGUCAUUCUCCUCUCCUCUCCUCCAUGGCAAUGGCUCCAAGUGAUUAGUCAGGAGGAGGAAACAAGAAUCGACGGCCGUAGGGGGGGAUGGAGAUCCAGGAGGCCGCGGGCGCCGGGGAGGAUGGGUUGGAAAUGGAGGCUCCGAGCGUGAGCACAGUGGCGAUUGCGGUGAACGGGAGCAAGAGCAGCAGGCACGCCCUCAAGUGGGCGCUCGACAAGUUCGUGCCCGAGGGGAGGGUCCUCUUCCGGAUCUUGCAUGUCCGCCCGAUCAUCAAGAUGGUGCCCACUCCAAUGGGAAAUUUCAUUCCAAUCACACAAGUGCGAGAAGACGUAGCAACUGCAUACAGGAAAGAUGUGGAAUGGCAAGCGAACAAUAUGCUACUUCCUUACAAGAAGAUGUGUGCUCAGAGAAAGGUAGAGGCUGAAGCUGUUCUACUCGAAUCUGAUGAUGUUCCUACAGCUUUAAGCGAAGAAAUCAACAAAUUCAACGUCUCUAAGUUAGUUUUAGGUUCUUCUAGCAGCAUAUUCCGAAGGAAACACAAAGGAAGUAAGACUGCAUCGAGAAUCUGUGAGUGCAUUCCAAGCUUCUGCACAGCAUACGUUGUCUCAAAAGGAAAACUAUCAUCUGUUCACUCAGCUACAUCUGAUAAUGUUGAAGCACCUGAAUCCAUAUCUUCUUCAACUGUUUCAUCCCCUAGCUCUAGAAGCCUUGCAUCCAGUGUACCCUCAGAAUGGGGAGACACGUAUGGGUCAGCAAAUGUGACAUUCCACCAGUCAUCUCUGUCAUCUCAGCGUGACCAAGCACUGGCAAACAUGAACAAAUUAUAUAACAGGACAGGUAGCCCUUCAGGCAGUGGUAGGACUGAAAUCUCCUACCAUGAUGAUACAGUCCUGACAAGUUCGCACUCGGUGAAUUCAGAAGCACAGUUCAGUAGUAGCAGCAGUGGGAAGUCUAUCUAUAAGAGCUUCAAUAGAGAUCAUUCAUUUGAUAACUCUGACCAGGCAUCUGUUUCGGACAUCGCAACAAAUCUGAAACAUUCUCAUGACCAGGAGUAUCUAAAGCUUGAGAUUGACAGGCUGAGGGUUAAACUACGGCAUCUUCAGAAGCUUAAUGAGAUAGCUCAGAAUGAAUCAUUUGAUGCCAGUCAGAAAUUACAUAAGUUGGGCAUCCAGGACAUUGAGGAUGAAAUUAAGCUUAAAGAGAGUGAACUGACAGAAGAAAAGGUAAGGAGAUUGAUAAGGAAAAAAGAGAGAGAACAACAGGAAGUUGCCAGAAGAGAGGAUCAAUUCAAAAGUGAUAGUGCUGAAAGGGAAGCAAAACAGAAUAAUGAUAUUCAGGAAGGUGAUGAGAAUAAGACAGAAGAGAGGAUUUUUGGGCGGUGUUUUGAUGAGUAUAAUAGGUAUACCUGGGAGGAGAUACAAGCAUCGACUUCAUCAUUCUCUGUUGAUCUUAUGAUUGGCAAGGGAUCAUAUGGCACAGUCUACAAGGCUAAGUUUCAUCAUACAGUUGCAGCAGUAAAAGUUUUGAACUCCCCGGAAGGCUGUGGAACUCAGCAAUUACAACAGGAGCUUGAGGUCCUAGGUAAAAUCCGGCACCCUCACUUGCUCCUGAUGCUAGGUGCAUGCCCUGAACAUGGUUGCUUGGUCUAUGAAUACAUGGAAAAUGGUAGUUUGGAUGACAUGCUACAACGGAGAAAUAAUACGCCGUCCUUGACCUGGUUCGACCGUUUAAGAAUUGCUUGGGAGGUUGCCACUGCUCUUAUGUUCCUUCACAGUUCCAAACCAGAGCCUAUCAUACACCGGGAUCUGAAGCCUGCAAACAUACUACUUGACAGGAACUUGGUUAGCAAGAUAGGUGAUGUAGGCUUAUCAACUUUGCUUCCUAGUAUGGAUCAAUACCUGUCCACAAUGAUCAAGAACACUGCCCCAGUGGGCACUUUCUGUUACAUAGAUCCAGAGUACCAGAGAACUGGUGUGGUCUCCAUGAAGUCCGAUGUGUACGCGCUAGGGAUAGUGAUAUUGCAAUUGCUGACAGCGAAGUCACCAAUGGGAAUUGCUCAUGUUGUGGAGACUGCACUAGAAGAGGGACACUUUUUGGACAUUCUGGAUGCAUCUGCUGGGCAGUGGCCUCAGAAAGAGGCACAGGAAUUGGCUGUCCUAGCCCUCAAGUGUGCUGAAAUGAGGCGCAGAGACCGUCCCGACUUGAGUGAUCAUGUUCUUCCGGCACUGGAGAGACUGAAGGAUGUUGCAGCCAAGGCCAGAGAAAUGGCUCUUCAUGGCCAGACACCACCUCCAAGUCACUUCAUUUGCCCCAUACUUCAGGAAGUGAUGGUUGAUCCAUACGUUGCAUCAGAUGGUUACACAUAUGACCGUAAGGCAAUCGAGCUGUGGCUUAGUAUGAAUGACAAGUCCCCUAUGACAAAUCUGCGAUUGCCCCACAAGAACCUGAUACCCAAUCACUCCCUUCGUUCUGCAAUCAUGGACUGGAGAUCAAAGGGCUAGCAGCUGAUGCACAUUCUGGGUUGCAUCCUCCACAAUGUUGGCAAUCUUGCAGUUGAUGAAUUCUUUUCUUUUCAAAAUGUAAAGUUUUGGCAGAUCUAGUGUAGAAGUAGUAUUCAUGUUUGCUCAAAAAAGAAAAAAAAAGAUAAGUGGUGUUCAUAAAGAGGUUCAAGUUGUGCAGCUUUAUCAAAAUAUAGAAAUUAUUUCCUAGCUCAUAGGCAGGCAUUCCACUUCACUGUCCUAGUGAAGGUAACAAUUAUUUUUUUCCCCUUUGCCAUUUGUAAUAAUGUGUUGUAAGCUUGUAAUUAGUGAUCUCUCAACAUUUGACCUGAAUGUAGGACAACUUAAUGAAAAACUAAUAUGAAGCUUGCAGAGAGUUGUUCUA